CGCUUGUACUGCCACUUGUAACGGCUUUUAAGGCGCCAAACUAAUUCUUAACCUUACUGGCCGUUUUUUAAGAAACGUAUAAUAAACAUUGAAUAUUAAACGAUGUCAGCAAAGCCUAUGACAAGUAACAAUUUACCAUGGGUCGAAAAAUAUCGACCGAAAAAUUUGGACGAUUUAAUAUCUCACGAAGAAAUCAUCAAAACGAUAAAUAAAUUUAUCGAUGAAAAUCAACUUCCUCAUCUACUGUUUUACGGACCUCCCGGUACCGGAAAAACUAGCACUAUACUUGCUUGUGCUCAUAAGUUGUACACACCAGCUCAGUUUAAUUCAAUGGUAUUGGAAAUGAAUGCUUCAGAUGACAGAGGUAUUGGUAUAGUGAGAGGACAGAUUCUUAGUUUUGCAAGUACUGGUACACUGUAUAAAUCUGGUUUUAAAUUAAUUAUUCUGGAUGAAGCUGAUGCUAUGACCAAUGAUGCACAAAAUGCUCUUAGGAGAAUAAUUGAGAAGUAUACAGAAAAUGUAAGGUUUUGUAUCAUAUGUAAUUAUCUUGGUAAAAUUAUCCCUGCUCUUCAAUCUAGAUGUACCAAGUUUAGAUUUGGACCAUUGUCUCCAGAUCAAAUUUUACCAAGAUUAGAAACUAUUAUUAAAGAAGAAAAUUUAAGUGUAAAUGAAGAUGGAAAAGAGGCAUUAAUGGCACUAAGUGGAGGAGAUAUGAGAAAAGUUUUAAAUGUUCUUCAGAGUACAUGGCUUGCUUUUGGUUCAGUCACAGAAGAAACUGUAUAUUCCUGUGUUGGUCAUCCUCUUCCAGUUGAUAUAAAGAACAUUAUGAACUGGUUAUUAAAUGAAUCAUAUGAAUCCUGUUAUUGCAAAAUUCAAGACAUAAAAGUGAAGAAAGGGCUGGCAUUACAAGAUAUACUAACAGAACUCCAUUUAUUUGUAAAUAAAAUUGAGUUUCCAGAUUCGAUACUUAUUGAUCUGGUAAUUAAGCUGGCGGAAAUAGAGAAGAGAGUAUCUAUUGGUUGCAGCGAGCCGGUGCAAUUAAAUGCUCUUGUUUCGGCGUUUCAAAAUGCUCGUGACGUCGAAGCCUAGACACACGGUAAGGAAGAGAUACAGGGUGAUCCAUAGAUGCAUGACAAAUACUUCAGAGAGGAAUCUACACACUCCAACACGGUGUACAUUAAUUAUUAAGUUUAUUAAUCUUGUUGAAUCUUCUAUGGAAUCAUCCUGCGUAUACAAGGACCUCGAAUUUUGAAUUGCAAAUGGAAAGGGCGAGGCUGCUUACAUGUAUCGUGCCUUUGAAGGAAAGCGAAGCAGAAACCGUUGAAAUCGUCGUAGUGUCAGUGGUACAAACCUGUAUGUCCAAUCCCUGCAAGUGGAAUAACCCAACACUGGUCCAGCAUACCAUUAACUCCCUCUCCAUUUUUCUCACUCUAUCACCGUUGUCUCUCUCGCUCCGCCACCAGCUAGCAGAAUUUUUCAUUUACUUCAUUAAUCUUAACACGUUGCCGGAUAUGUAUAAUUAAUGGAAAAAAGGAGAGGACAAAUUUUAUGUUACAUACAAAAUUUAACAGAAUGUGGAAUGAUAUUUUGAGAUUGCUGUAAUAGAAAGUUUUUCGCAUUUACUACUAGAUGGAGCACAGGAAGUUAAAAUUCUCGCUAGUGCUCGUCUGAAUAUCCAUCACCACAUGUAGAAUUUAUGAGAGGAUUUUAAUUGCUUUGAACUAUUUAAAAAAGCUACGAAUAUGAGCGUGUAAAGGUAGCAGCAACAAGUUCAUACGUACUAAUUAAUGAUUGCUAUAAUUUGAAGCAAACAUUUCACUUAUUAUUCAAGCGUGUAACGUCAAUAAUAUCUCAUAUCGUAUGCUGCAAAGGAAUUUCUGAUUAGGCGAUGAUAAUUUCAAGCUGAACUGAUCGUCACAUUCAUACUGAAAUCAGAUCCAAUUGACGUUGACACGCACGAAUUUCUCUCUCCUAUGUGCACCCAGGUGGGGAAUUCAGAUGAAACAUACAUAGACGUAUAGGAAAAAAAGGAAAACAAAAAAUUGGAUUCUCUGGUAAUUUGUAUUUCACAAGUUCGCAGUUUCUCUCAUGCAAAGCAUUCAACUAUUUUAACAGGAUGGGUGCACUCGAACGAGGGUGGAUUUAUUGUGCGCCAGGAAAAACAAGCAGACAAUAAAGUGUAACCCGUCGACACAAUGGUGUAUCGACGAUUUUCGAAAAAUCUAUCCACUACUCGGUUACUAUGCGUUAUAUAUCUACAUCGGAAGAUCCUUAUUUCACGUAGAAUUUUCCAAGAGAUCGAUGUGUUUUACAAGAGGAACCGCAGCAGGCCUCUGAAUUGAUAAUUAAAUAAUACUCCGUGCUCGACAUCAAACGAAACUUUCGGCUUAAUAAGAACUUCCUUGGGUGUAGCGCUAGCACGUCGAUUCUCUGAGUUAUUUCAGCUUGAAAACUUGGCGCAGACAUGCCCUUAACUUUCCGCUUCGAAAUAACUAAUUCAAUUAGUAUAUCGGCACUGCUACACCCAGGGUUAACUACAUCUUUCCCGGUGUAUCUAAUCUUCGUGCUAACGUUAACUCUGCCAUUGCUAAUCUACUCUUCAACCAUUCGCCAAGGGAAUCACCUAGUUUAUAAUAAGCAAACCCUGAACACUGCGUGACAUUUCAUUUUUUUUUUUUUUUUUCUUACUUUUUCAGGGAGAGUAUAGAAUGAGAAUACAUAGUUUCAUGAGGAACACCGUGUAUGCGUGUUAAAUGAUGUAUCGUUGGGACUGGAGCCCAGGUACUCGGAGUCAGUCAAAAAUCUCCCUUACAAAACCGAUGAUAUUUCUCCUCGUUCCUGCGUAACGCGCAAUAAACGUUUGAAUAGAUGAAUACGAAUGUUCGUCGCGGCGCACACUUUUGACAGAGUAUUUGCCCGAGCAUCGAUCUACACCGGAGAAGUAAAUCCUUUCGCAAGGCUCUCUAAAUUGGGAACACGAUUGCCGAGAGAAACAAAGUUGCCGGCUGUUCGAUGAGGAGGAAAUCAAAGCGGCGAAGAUAAAUAAAUUAAGAAAUAAGUGGUUACACCGUCAAAGAGCAAAUAAAUUAUUCGCUACGCGAUACAACGCGUGAAGAGAUUUUUAAGAUGAUUCUUGACACUCGACGGAAGUUGUGCAACUUGGUUCCCGUUGGAAGCAUGAUUCUAAUGCUCAUUAAGAUUCAGGGUUGCGCUGAAAAUAGCAUCAAGAUCGCGAAUAAGAGAAACCGUGGCAAGGACAGGGUUCUCUGAGCCAUGCACAAGUUCGUUUCGAAAUAAGCUUGAGCCCUUUAAGCGUUGAAUCGUGAAAUUCGAGGAGCAAUGGAAAGAAAGUUGUCCUGAAAAUUUCGUCCGACACAUUUGGAUAUCAAAUAUCGUUCGAUCAUUUUCACGUACUUUUUGCACAGUUGCAACGCGAUCGAUCGGUGCUCUCACCAGUUUGAAAGAGAUCUCCCGCGUCUUUUACGAAGUUGAUGCGUGACUAAGGAACUUGUUCCACGAUAGUUCACAGGAACUUCGAUCCUCGGCUAAUUAUCAGGCUACCAGCUCACUAUUGUAUCUCAUCUGCUUUGUGUAUCAACGAGCUCUUCGUUCCUGAGUUCGAUUGAUUGGAAAACUGCUGGCUUCGUCCUUUCAGCCUGCUCCUUUUCUUUUCUCUUUUUGCUCUUACCGAGCCUCGUGUUCGUAACACUAGAGAAGAAGGCAGCUACUUAUGGAAAAAGAACAAGUUACUGGAGGACUUUCACUAGAAGGAUUCCACGUCCCACUGAAACAAGGAUCAGAUGUGAUGUUCAUUGAAGAAAGGUAGCCGGUGGUAUCGGAGUUUCAUCUAGGCUCGUGGAGUGCGCACAGCACGCUGAAAUAGGUGUACCAUGGUGCGGCUCGAUGCUGAUCGCGGAGCUUGACCUGGAGAGGGGAGGAUGGCGAAGUGGUGGCAAUCGCUGUUUGGAAGGGGUUGGCGUUGUCGUUAGUGCCGUAAGUCGGCAUUCAAGAGCCUAGGACCACUUUAAAUGACUGUCAGAUCUAUCGGUUUGGAAUUCAACCCCUUUUACAAGUCCACCGCCUGGAUCCUCCGUAUUAAAGCAUCGGUGGUGCAAUUAGGAAAUAGACUGCGACGGCUUGUUCCACCGACGCGACGAGGAGAGACAUUUGGCUACGCGAGGCGGAUACUUUUAAUGGAGGCCUCGAAAAACACUGUCGCGCUUCAAGCGGCAGCAGGCAUCGUUUGUCGCGGGAAAUUUAGUAUCAUUAUGUACUCUUCGACAAUCGUGCUGUAUUGUCUCCAGCGAAAUGCUUCUCUUCGCUUUCAAUUAUAAAGAAUAUCUCUGCGGGCAGCAGCAAUCACUUACCGUCGAGCAAAGGUAGAACCAGUUUUGCGGCUUGUUGUCUAACUAAUUCAAGAGAAGCGAACAGCCGCGGGUCGUAAUCGAUAAUUCCCGCUCGAAUCGUUUAACGACGCUUUAUCAACGUCGUUUUGAGAUCGGCUAUUCGAAGAGAAGCAUUCACGAAGGUGGCGAGAAAUACAAGAAGCGAAGGGGGUAGACAGGCAGGCAGGCAGGCAAAGUAGGACGAGCAACAUCUUCGAGCCGUCUCCUCUGUUUCUCUUCCCUUCGAGGACGUAAUAGUCGGUUUUCGCGUGCUCGAAAUAAAAUGUUACUAAUAAUUCAGCUACACGAUGGAACCGUCGCUGGUCCCGUUAAUCGUCCACUUCCUGCGCUUACGUUCGUCCCUUGUAGAUGAUUCAGGCUACAUCCCCCAUGGUUCCGAGGUUCCUCGACACGACACUGAUCGAGGGGUUGAAGCUGGAGGGGAUAGAGCAGCUGGGGUGGCUGGAGCUCGAAUGCGAGCUCGUGGGUACCUACACGCUGGGUCUGGGUUUGGCCGGGUCGCGGUGGCUCCUGCGCAGCGGUCCAACGAGACAGAGUCAGAAGCGGAGGACAGAGUGGCGGAAGCGAAGGCGCGGCGAGGCGAGGCGAGGCGAGGCGAGAGGCGACGAGUAAAAGCGAGGUAGCUGAUGUGCGAGGAAGCAAGGAAGCAAGCAAGCAGUGCGAGAAUAACCAACAUGACGAUCGAGAGGCGCGACUACCACCUGGACGAUACAACGACGCCUCCUUUGUGAUUCAGCUACCGCCGGAACUGACCGGGGAUACCAAGCGUGCACGUUGUUCCAGCGGACGUUCACACGCGCCUUUCCAUCGGUUGCCAAGCCGGCUCGGCUAUCCUCGCAGCGGACGAGACACUUCGUACAUAGGCCGGUCGUUCAACGUGGCCGAUCCUUGGACAUGUAAGUACAACUCUGCCCCUUUAUUCUACUUUCAUUUAUGUAUCUAUGUAUUUACCAAGUGUCCAAACCCGAGGGAUCAUUUCUAGACGUUCUACUUUAAUUUGAAGUUUGAAAAGGAUUCAAGAGAGAUAGGGGUCCGCUUUAAACAUCUACACCUGCAUAGCAAAGUGUUCAGAGGUGCAGCUACGCUCUACCGACGAUCCGAUAUCCAUCCUUGUUCCUUCUUUCGGUUCGAUCGACUGGUCGUCCCAGGGGAUCAUCGGUUAAACGGAAAGCCAGGCGAAAAUCGGUGAAAAGAGGCGGCGAGGGGCGGCCAGCCGAUCGAUCUGUUUGGCGGAAAGCGUGUGAUACUGACAGAACUCGACCACGCGAGUAAACACUCCGAACUGGAGGAAAGGAAUUGUGUCCUAGCUCGGUAUAGCUUCGCGGCUUCAAUAUUCGAGAACGUAAUCGCUCGACAUUCCUCCGUGUUCACAGGAUAAAUCGAAUGUACCUGGCUCGAUAGAAACUAGCGUGCCUGCGGGUGGAUGAGAAAAAGAGACUGUAACAAGCGGCUGGUGAACGUUCAAAGUACAGAGAAGAUUGCGCAACUGCGAGGGAUAAGGGUAGUCGGAGAAAAGGAAAAGAGAAAAAUAUUCGGCAAGAUCGUAGAGAGGUGAUAAAGGCCAGCGAUCCUGUUGUAUGUCCGCCUACGCGAUUAUCUUUGAUCACCGGUUUUCUCCGAACGCUUUGAUGAGUGGUUUCUUUGAGAGGGCUCGCGCUUCGAUUAUACGCGUCGCGCGGACAGCAACUCUGCGAACCCUGGGGAUGCAGGGACGAGGAGAGACGAGGUGAGAAGAAUCCUUUGGGUGUUGAACCGCGUCAACUUGUGCACGCGUGAAAUGUGUAUUUUCCGACGGUGCAACGUCCCGUGAAAUGAUAUUUCAAAUUGAAAAUUCUACCCAUAGGACUCGCUCUUUAUCAACGAGGAUACUAUGCUCGCACACGAUGCUACUGCAUCGUUCAGUGAUAACAUAAAAUAUAAUGGCAUGUACAUAUUUGUACAGAUGGAAUUGCCAUUAGAUUCUUAUACUUAGGUCCAACGUUUCAAGGUUCGCUUUUUUAAAGCAUUGUUUAUCCACUUCUUUGUCACUUUUAUCUCUUGAAAACAGUAUUCCGAGCAUCCCUGUUAAUAUCCGGCUUCCAAGCUCUUAGAGACUCCAAAGAUCCGUGUCUUCAAGGUAAUAAACAUUGGCAAGCGUUCAGAGAACGUAAUUUUAUCCUGGCGGUAUUAAUCUGCUCUCUAUCUCGUGUGCAAACCUCUGGACUUCAUUAACGACAACGCGUGUGUUUCACUUUUGUAGAAAUUUCUGCAUACCGGACAGGGAUUUAAGGAUCCGCGUUUGGAGCUGCUGUGCACGAGGACACGUUCACGGUUGAUCGUAAAAUUUGCAAGAGGGCCAUUUUCUGCGACGUUUUAUCUGGUCGACGCAGGAAACAGAGGCGCUGCUUUGUUACGGUUAUCUGAAAAUGGAUUAGCCUCGCAAGGUACACGCGUGUGAGAUUUUACGGGGCACAUUUAACGCGUUCGCUGGUAUAUAAGGGUCACCGGUGGCCAGCGUUGCAAAUUUCAUUAGGCUACCUCGAGAGUUCAACUUUAGGACCAUUUAUAAAACAUUAAACAUUGUAUAGUUUAAUGAGAAUUUUUUUUAUAUAGUAUAACUAAAUAUAAGCAUUAUCAGCGAACGCGUUAAUUGGCUGUGUUUCAUGGGCGUGUGACUCGGGGGCGAAUCCGUUCUUUCAUCGAUCAGCCUUCCAAAUGAACGUGUCGCUAAUAUUCUCGUUAUUCUUUAAUUGGCACGUUCCAAACGUAGUUAGACGAGAGCGAUGCCUCGGGUAGCUUUGUCUAUGUUCAGCUUAGGAUUCUACAGGAAUGAAGAUUCCACUGAAGUGGAAUUAGAUUAGCCAGUUAGAUACUAAUUACUAGGCUAUUCAAAACAUGGAAAACUAAAGAGGUAGUAAACUAGUGGAAAUCUAAUUUGAGUAUUUAGAUCAGAAUUCUAUUUCUUCUGAUAUAAUAUUUCUCUUCUGAAAAUACAAUUCCGGUAAUAAGUGUUUUUGCAAUUUUUCAGCAGGAUCUAGCGAGUUGAAGAAGCGAAGGAUUAAGACAGUAAUACAAGAUUCUAUUGACAGAGGAGUACUUUUGGACAAAAUAUCUGUCUACGGAUUGAGGAAUUGACUGUUUUUUAGUAGCUGCUCGUUCGAUUCAUUGGUAGAGGAUCUAGAAGGCUCGUAAACAGGGUCAAGAUAGUAUUUCAUUCCCGCUUUCUAUGGCCACUGUCGUUUUUAGCUACGUUUCCGAUAACAAUCCCACUAUGCCGCCAACCUCCUGGAGGGAUAUAUUCGAAUCGAUUCAAUGCCAGCCAGGCUUUCGUGUCGCCCUGGGGCAUUUACGAAUCAAGGAUCUGGAAUUAAAUUCGACAAAUGCGAGCGAUCAUUAGGGAAUAUGUGCUUAGAAAGGUGUAACAUGCCUCUCUGUUGCAAACUAGCCUAAUUUUAUUCAAAGCCUCGUUUGCGUUCAGUAUCGACAGUCGUUGUUCAACUUAAUUUCUUCAAUUGUAAAUAUUCUUAUAGAUAAAUUUGUCGUGUAAUUUAAA